AUGAUUCCAGCCAAGGGAGGCCAGGGCUCUGACAGCCUAGCAGGCUCAGGAAGGAGGGCCAGCGACCUCAGCCUUGGCGUUGGGGGUAAGAUGGGGAGGGGCCGUCCAUUCUUGGGACCACUUCACACUGGACCCAAGGAGGAGUGUGGACUCCUUCCUAGAGUUCCUGGAAAUGCGAUGAGGGUGGGGCAGCCUCAGAGGGACACCAGCAUCAGCCCCCACCUCUCCCAGCCCCAGGAAAUAGCUGCGGGGCCGUCCAUCUGCGUGCCGCCGACAGAGACAGAUGGGCAGCCGGGCAACUGGCAGUGUCUGGGGUGUGUGAUGAGCAGCCCAGUCUGGACAGAUGGGCAGGGCCGAACCUCUGUCCAGCAACCUGCUGCUGGGCGAAUGGACGCCAGCCUGGGCCCUAUGGAGCCAGCGUGGCCCCAGUCCCGGAGAAGUGACGGCCACCUAGAGGGACCUGCAAAAGCAGGACUGGGCUCCCGUCCCUCUGGCGUCUCUCCAGCCGAGUGA